AAGCCGAAAGCUCCAUUUCUACACCUUUCUUUCUCUCUCUACCCCCUCUCUCUCUCUCUAUCUACCUGUCUCUCUGUGUCUGACUGCCUCCGGAGCUCCCUAAUUAAUGGGUUUGAUUUGAAAUGCUCACUCCCAAGAGCUACAAGACGACACCCUCCACUGAAAAUUCUACACAUCACUCCAUGAUAGCCACCUUCCUCGAUCAAUCAGCAGUGCCGCAGUCCCAAUUCCACCCCCAAGUUUCAACCUUUCCGGCCCUAUAUAUGCCCUCCCCUGCCGACCCAACUGCUUAAUCAUUGCCCUUGAUCACCUCCGCACCGGAAAGCAUGGAUCUUGAUGAGUGGGAGCUGCUCCCGAUCGAUGGGUUCCUCGAUUUCGGGGAGGACUGCGAGAAGAAGGACUUGCUGGGCAAGAGGAGGGCUGCUGACUCCACCACGACUUUGUUCGACGUGGACUUGGACUACUUCCGAUGCCCUUCGCCUCGGUCGAAGCUCUCCCCGCAGAGCCAGCUCGUCCCGGUGAGGAUUCAGCUCGAUCCGCCGCUUGUUGAGAACGGCCCGUGUGAAGCGAGGGAAGCGGGGGAGAAGAACAGAGCAGCGAGCGUGGAGGAGGGGGAUGCUGCUCCUGAUCAGGACGCGGUGUCCCAGGUUUUCUUCAAGAAAAUGAAGGAAAACGAAUUUGUCGACAUGAAGAUACUCGAGUCCCCGCGUUCGGGUUCGAGGCCGAUCUCACCCCCGAUCGAGAACUUCCAUUUCGAGGACGUACCCGAGACUCUGGAGAGCUCCUGCUCCCCGAGGAAGGUGCCCGAGGGGAACUGCGACAUCGACCGCGAGGUCGUCGGUGAGGAAGUGAGCAGAGGAGGACUGAAUAUAUGGAAGUGGAGCUUGACCGGGAUCGGGGCCCUCUGCUCCUUCGGGGUGGCGGCUGCCACCAUCUGCACUAUUAUCAUCAUCGGCAGCCACCAGAGGAACAAGCAGAAGAUCAGGUUCCAGAUCUAUACCGACGACAAGAGGAUCAAGGAGGUGGUUCGUCAUGCAACAAAACUGAAUGAAGCAAUCUCAGCAGCAAAAGGUGUUCCCCUGACUAGAGCAAACAUCACCUUAGGUGGCUACUACGAGGGUCUUUGAAUCAAAACAAAACCUGCUGGAAUGAAGUAGCUCGAUCGAGCCUGCGGAGAUUCCUGAGUCGACUCGGGGUCCACUGGACAUGGUGGGUUUGGCCGGAGGAUUAUUAUUCCUAUCCUAAAAUCCGAUUCGUAUAGGAUCGUGAAUCUGAAGAAAACGUUAUAUCGUUGGGGUCCAUAAUGUAUAUGCAUCCGCAGAUGCCGGAGCUUUACUAGUUUAUGGUUUUCAGGAUUCUUCUCAGUUGUCUAAUGGAUAUACGUCUUAGCGACUUGAUAUUCUAUUAGUUUGGGAUUGUGUCGUUUGCUUCCCUUUUCUCCUUCCCACUUACUAAUCACUCACUAAUUGUAUUUUAUUUUCGAUAGCCAGACACGCGGCUAUUAUUUUGGGGUC